AUGAAUCACAGGAGGGAAGGAACGACCAGAGAAGGACCGAUCAUAAAUCACAAUGAAAAAUUGCUGAAUGACAGUUUUAAGGAACUAAUGUACAAUGAGACAAUUGAGCAGAUCAUUAGUUAUGUCUUGAAGAGCAUCAACAUGACGGACAUUCAACAAGACAUAUCAGAACUUAAAGAAUCCAUCGCAGGAAGUCAAGAAUCGAGAAUUAAGUUGCGAUAUUUAAUUUUCACACUUAUCAGUUUGUCAUUGCUGACUUAUUUGUGUUCCUUUGUCAUCAUUUACUAUCUGUAUCCAAAAACUGACUCAAUAAUCAGCUCUCAAUACGUAAUCGAAAAUGCAACUCAACUCGAAUCGCCAUGGCUGACAUUUUUAUCAGUCUAUGACCUACCAUGCGCCGAAGCUUUGGUUAAGAAUCAAUUUGUUGUGACCGCCGCUCACUGCUUCGACACACUAAAAUACGAUGAUUUCAACAAAGAGAAACGCCUGCAAAGUGUUGUAAAAAUAAAACUCGGUGAAUGGAAAACUGAUAGAGAUCCAGACUGCAAUGAAGACAUCGAUAAGGAAAUUUGUGAUAAUUUUAUUGAAAUUCCCCCCAAAAAUGUAAUUGUUCAUGAAGAAUACGGAAAGUUGAUAGGCAUGAACGAGCAUAAGAAUGGCAUUGCAAUUAUUAAGCUUUCAUGGCCACCAAGAGAGUCUGAAUUGAUUUAA